UGCCGCGGGCUGGAGCUGGGCGGCCGCGGGGGCUGCCCGGCUGUCUCGAGAAGGGGGCGUGAGGCGGCAGCGGCUGCGGAGACAGCGGAGGGAAAAAGGAAGAAAGGAAGGAGGAGGGCGGGGAGUCCUCGAAGAGGAGGUGGGAUCCUCCGGUUCCUCACCUCUCGGCUGCGGAGGGCGGCGGGGAGGCGGUGCCGCCCCCUGCCCGCGGACUCCUUAGCUCACUGCCGCCGACCCGCCGCCUCCGGGCGCAGGCGAAGCUCCUGGGGCGGGAGCGGUGGCCGGGCGGCGCCGACCGCCAUGGCGUUCCUCAAACUCCGCGACCAGCCAUCACUGGUGCAAGCUAUAUUUAAUGGAGAUCCUGAUGAAGUUCGAGCACUAAUAUUUAAGAAAGAAGAUGUUAACUUUCAGGACAAUGAAAAGAGAACUCCACUGCAUGCUGCUGCCUAUCUUGGAGAUGCAGAAAUCAUUGAAUUGCUUAUUUUAUCUGGAGCUAGAGUUAAUGCCAAAGACAACAAAUGGUUGACACCUUUACACAGAGCAGUUGCAUCUUGUAGUGAGGAAGCAGUUCAGGUACUUUUGAAGCAUUCUGCAGAUGUUAACGCUCGAGACAAAAACUGGCAAACACCUUUACACAUAGCGGCUGCUAAUAAAGCUGUAAAGUGUGCGGAAGCUUUGGUCCCUCUGCUGAGUAAUGUAAAUGUGUCUGAUCGAGCAGGGAGAACUGCACUGCAUCAUGCAGCUUUCAGUGGACACGGGGAGAUGGUGAAACUACUCUUGUCUAGAGGUGCCAAUAUUAAUGCUUUUGACAAGAAAGAUAGACGUGCUAUCCACUGGGCAGCAUAUAUGGGUCACAUUGAAGUAGUGAAAUUACUUGUGGCACACGGAGCUGAAGUGACAUGCAAGGACAAGAAGUCUUACACACCUCUCCACGCAGCAGCCUCUAGUGGGAUGAUCAGCGUGGUCAAGUACCUUCUUGAUCUUGGGGUUGAUAUGAAUGAACCAAAUGCCUAUGGAAAUACACCUCUUCAUGUAGCCUGCUACAAUGGACAAGAUGUUGUCGUGAAUGAACUUAUAGACUGUGGUGCUAAUGUAAAUCAAAAGAAUGAAAAAGGGUUUACUCCUUUGCACUUUGCUGCUGCAUCAACACAUGGAGCAUUGUGUUUAGAGCUUCUAGUAGGCAAUGGGGCCGAUGUCAAUAUGAAGAGCAAAGAUGGAAAAACCCCACUGCACAUGACUGCCCUCCACGGUAGAUUCUCCAGAUCACAAACCAUUAUCCAGAGUGGAGCAGUAAUCGACUGUGAGGACAAGAAUGGCAACACCCCUUUGCACAUAGCAGCAAGGUACGGCCAUGAGCUGCUAAUCAACACUCUAAUUACAAGUGGUGCUGACACUGCAAAGCGUGGCAUACAUGGAAUGUUCCCCCUCCAUUUGGCAGCCUUAAGUGGUUUUUCAGAUUGCUGUAGGAAACUUCUUUCUUCUGGAUUUGAUAUAGAUACCCCAGAUGAUUUUGGCAGGACCUGUCUACAUGCAGCUGCAGCUGGAGGGAAUUUGGAGUGCCUAAACCUUCUGCUGAACACUGGUGCAGACUUCAACAAAAAGGAUAAAUUUGGAAGAUCUCCACUGCACUAUGCUGCUGCCAACUGCAACUACCAGUGCCUGUUUGCUCUUGUGGGCUCAGGAGCAAGUGUGAAUGACCUUGAUGAAAGAGGAUGCACACCCUUGCACUAUGCAGCUACGUCGGACACAGAUGGCAAGUGCCUGGAAUACUUAUUAAGAAAUGAUGCAAAUCCAGGGAUCCGGGACAAGCAAGGAUACAAUGCAGUUCAUUAUUCAGCUGCAUAUGGUCACCGUCUGUGUCUUCAGCUGAUUGCAAGUGAAACUCCUUUAGAUGUUUUAAUGGAAACCUCGGGAACAGACAUGCUGAGUGAUUCAGACAAUAGAGCAACAAUAAGCCCUUUACACUUGGCUGCCUAUCAUGGUCACCAUCAAGCACUAGAAGUGUUAGUACAGUCUUUGUUAGAUCUUGAUGUGAGAAACAGUAGUGGAAGAACACCCUUGGACCUUGCAGCAUUUAAGGGCCAUGUAGAAUGUGUGGAUGUUCUCAUUAAUCAGGGAGCCUCAAUCUUAGUCAAAGAUUACAUUUUGAAGAGAACACCUAUACAUGCAGCAGCAACAAAUGGUCAUUCGGAAUGCUUACGGCUACUAAUAGGAAAUGCAGAACCACAGAAUGCAGUAGAUAUUCAAGAUGGAAAUGGACAGACUCCUCUGAUGCUCUCUGUGCUCAACGGGCACACGGACUGUGUCUACUCACUGCUGAACAAAGGAGCAAACGUAGAUGCCAAAGAUAAAUGGGGAAGGACGGCACUGCACAGAGGGGCAGUCACAGGCCAUGAAGAGUGUGUAGAUGCAUUGCUUCAACAUGGUGCUAAGUGCUUAUUACGAGAUAGCAGGGGCCGGACACCAAUACACUUGUCAGCUGCCUGUGGACACAUUGGUGUUCUCGGAGCUCUUCUGCAGUCAGCAGCAUCUAUGGAUGCAAAUCCAGCCAUGGCGGACAAUCAUGGAUACACGGCGCUUCACUGGGCUUGCUACAACGGUCACGAGACAUGUGUAGAACUCCUUUUAGAACAGGACGUUUUCCAGAAAACGGAAGGAAAUGCUUUCAGUCCAUUGCAUUGUGCUGUGAUAAAUGACAACGAAGGUGCUGCUGAGAUGUUAAUUGACACGUUAGGCGCCAGCAGUGUGAACGCCACAGAUUCAAAAGGAAGAACUCCUCUCCACGCGGCCGCCUUCACAGACCAUGUAGAGUGUUUGCAGCUGCUACUCAGCCAUAAUGCUCAUGUCAACUCUGUGGACUUCUCUGGGAAAACACCUCUCAUGAUGGCUGCAGAAAACGGACAGACAAAUACAGUCGAGAUGCUGGUCAGCAGUGCUAGUGCAGAUCUGACUUUACAAGAUAACAGUAAAAACACCGCCCUCCAUUUGGCUUGCAGCAAGGGUCAUGAAACUAGUGCCUUGUUAAUACUGGAAAAGAUAACAGAUAGAAACCUCAUCAAUGCAACCAAUGCAGCUUUGCAAACACCUCUGCAUGUUGCUGCCCGAAAUGGGCUAACAAUGGUGGUUCAAGAACUUUUGGGGAAAGGAGCAAGUGUGCUUGCAGUAGAUGAAAAUGGCUAUACCCCAGCUUUGGCCUGUGCUCCCAACAAGGACGUGGCUGAUUGCCUCGCUCUCAUUUUGGCCACCAUGAUGCCUGUCUCAUCAAGUAGCCCUUUAUCAUCUCUGACAUUCAAUGCCAUUAACCGUUAUACAAACACCUCAAAAACAGUGAGCUUCGAAGCCUUGCCCAUCAUGAGGAAUGAACCCAGCUCCUACUGCAGCUUCAACAACGUCAGCGGGGAGCAGGAGUACUUAUACACCGAUGUGGACGAGCUCAAUGACUCCGAUUCGGAGACCUACUGACCGGCUGAGCCAGAGGUCCAGGGGGGAGUUCUGGCACUGACGCUUCAAACUGUGCUUUUCAGGAAAAAGGCACUUUCUCAUCCACGUACAGAUUCAGCCUAAGAGGAAAGAUGACAGAGUGGGCGAAUAGGAGAAAUGCGGUAACAUUAGGAAGAGAGUUUUAAAGGCAAGUUUUGCAAAAGGAACUUCUAGAAUCUUGAAAUAGACUUGACCAGAGGAAAACACUUUGAUGGCACAUUGCUUUGUGGAAUUAUGUAAUUUGGUUUUGCAGUGCCAGGAAUUACUUGGGACACUGUGUACCCUAAUCUGCUCACACAAGCAACACUAUGGUGAAAGAAGAGAUAAAGACACUAGAUUUCAGUUUUAUCAGUAAAACUACAACUAAAUUUAAGGGCAAUAAAAGUUUGGUACAGUAGGCAUGAUGUGCACAGCAAAUUGCCAAAGGACCAAAUAACUCAAAGGGUUGUAAUAGAAUGCCACUUUGCGGAAGCUGGAGCGGGUGAAAUGAGACAUUAUCUAAACCAAACUUUAAUAUUUCUGAAAAUGAAGCUGAGAUUUGGUUUUAAAUGUUGAUUUUUUUUAAGAAAACAUCUGAAAGCCUUCUAAUACUGUAUUAAACCAUGAGAGAAAGCAGAUGUAUUUUUACAUUUUUUUUUCUUUUACAUAAAAAUUUUAAAAUUCCAACUUUUAUAAUAUUAGAAUUGAAAACCAGCUGAUUGGGUGCAGUCAGGGUGAAAAUAUUUGUGAUGUAGACAUGAUGUAGAUUGGGGUCGGGCUAUUGUUGCCCAGUUAUGAAUGGUUUAGGUUUAAAAUUGAACUAUUUUUGUUUGAAAAUGUAAAGAGUUUCCUAGAAGAAGGAAAUUUCAUGAAAUCAGAAAGUAUAUGAUUUUCACCCUAUUGCAGCCAAGUGGUCCUGGGGAGUGGAGUUUUCAAUCUCACUACUUUGGAUGGUACACCUUCAUCGCCUGUGUCACCCUUGUGCCUCCACAGUGGAUUGGGGGAUUUUUGUUGUCAUUGUUUAGUGAAGAAUCAAAAAGAGAAACUCCCUUGUUAUUCAUAAGUUAAUGCCAUCAGGUUUGGAAGGCAUUUCUAUAUUGGGCAAGGUUUAAAAUACUAAAGCCUUUAGGUCUUAUUGACAUUUAAAGUAGGGUGUUUAUAACAUGCUACUGUUUAGGGAAGGAAGCAAUUGCCUGCCGAAUUGGAAGACUGCCUUUUAAGUAACAAAAAGAGGGGGGAGAGGCUGAUGUUGAGGCUUUUAAAUAACAAUUUAUAUGGGUCUGCUUUUACUGUAACUGUCACUUUCCCAGUGAAAAUGAUUUCGCAUAUGUAGGGGGUCUUCCAGGUCUGGGUAGAGUUCCAUAAAUUUUCACAAAAUGAUACCCAAUUUCAUUUUAUUCUUUUUGUAUUGUGAAACUGGAAACUUUAUGACAUUGUAAAUUAUCAGCUGGUUUUUCUGAAUAUAAAGUGUGAAAACACAGAACAGUAUUUUGAUCUAUUUGAUAAUUUUGUGGGUUUUUGAAGAAUUAAUGAGCAUGUAAAUAGAAAUAGUGACUGCUUGAAUACUGUAUUUACUUGCACUCUUUCAGUACAUCAAGAUUCCUGUAUAUUUUAGAGUAUAAUAAAACACAGAUGUGAGUUGUAUUUAAUAAUGUAUUUGUAUCUGUGCAUAUUACCUAAAAAUCUAUAAAGUUUCUAGGGCAUUGACUACUAGAUUUUAAGCAUUUUUUUCUAAAGUAUUUACAGAAACUAUAAAUGUAAUCAUCCAUCUUUUCUUUAUAAUAUAAAGAAGUCAUAAUGGACCCUUCCUAAUUAUUAGUGGUAGGAAGGUGAAUAUGCAUUUUAAAGACAGCAGACUACAUUUUCUAUUGUACCUUUUGAAAAAAAGAAAAAAACUCAAGAGGAUUCUAAAAGUAUACAUAUGUGUGCUUUCUCUUUCCUUUUAGGAAUUCUCUUCUGAAUUCCCUGAGGGAAUUUUCUAGAAUCUCAGAAUUGAAAGAGACCUGAGGUUCAUCCAGUCUAACCUCUUAACAAAUACAGGAGUCUCUUCUACAAGGGUGAUCUUUCCACCUUGAAUACUUCCAGUGACUCUACCUCACCAAGCAGUCCAUUCAGUUGUUGAGCAGCUCUGUUAGAAAGGUCUUCCUUAGGUGGAGCUGAAGCCUCCUUCCCUCCUGGGAACUUCUGUCCUUGGGCCCUGGUCUGUCCUCCAAGAGAAGGCUGAGAACCUCGGCAGGAUGUCUUACGCCCUCUGCCGUGUCUUCUCUUUUGCAGGCUAUUUGACUUGUCUGCUGAAGUGAUUUCCAGAAGGACUCAUUAGACACACUGUUAGAUUUACCGCCUCUAAUGAAACCCAAGGUGUAGCUAUAAAGUAACAAGCUGUUUUUAAUUUAUCCUCACACAUACCGGAAUUUAGAUCUUGCAUCAUUUUAUGUAAAUGAUGCCAUGACUGGAAAUACUGGUGAGGUGGGUCUUCCGAAUCACUUGCCCACUAGGAAAGCUAUUCCAUUGCUCUGUGAUCCCAUUUUGUGAUAGUCUAUCCCCCAGCUUGAUCGACCACUUCCUUUGGUUGGCACCUGAUGAGGGGAAAUCCCAAAGUACUGUCCCGAACAGUAUUUUAAUGGCACUAGUAUCGUUGGGGGAAGCACGCGGACUGCUUGAAUGAAGGGACACAGCGCCAGUGAGUUCCUUUAUAGUUACACCUUGUAUGUCAGAGGCAUUCAGGCCCUGUUCUGUAGUAGUUUUUAUACCUGCACAGAAUAGAAAAGCCUGUUUGCUUUUUUAACUUCUGCAUGAAAGAUGACAUCUGAAGUAUCUGCUAUGUAUUAUAAUACCAGCUUCUGUUGUAGAACUACUUUUAGGGCAGUGGUGGUAAUAGCAAAUGAUCUCCUUUAAUAAGACACACAACUCAAAACAGUGCCAUUUAGUUCAGGAUAUCUCUAAGUGUAGCUGUCGGUUUGGGGUUUAAUUUGGCUUAUAUUGGACCUUUUAAAUGAAAUAAAGUUUUUUAAUGCAAUAAA